CUAGAAAUACAGUUUAUCGUGAAUAUACCUUCGAAAUAAUGUAUUCCUGAAUCUAAAAUAUUGCAUGCAGACCUGAUGUUGUGUGUUGAGAAAGGAACGAUGAAUACCUUGCGUUCCACAAGUGUUCCAAAGGACGAACGAUCUACUUGAUUGUCAUCGCAGCUCAAACACAUUUUUUAAUCUGCAAGAUGGAAGGGUGUCGCAGUUUCCAGCUCCUUAUUUUGAUGUUUUUGAUCAAUGAAUCGCUCCAAGAAACAAUCUUAGUGUCCCAAAGUGUCUAUAAGGUCCAAAUCCAAACCAAGGGAAGGAGUCUUUCAUCGGAAUCUAGGUGUAUCAAGGAAAAAGGAUUAGUCUUCCAACAUCUGUCCUUGGCUGAUACGCAAAACUUCAAACAGUAUUCCUUCCAGGAAUGCCUUUGGUUUUGCUUACAAGACGACAAUGCCGAUAAGACCCACAUGCUGAUAGGAUAUUCAUCGGGCAUAUUUUCAAACAAAUUCAACUGCCUUUGUGCUAAACAACAAGCCUUAAAUUCAGCUGUUCAAGUGAAUCCUGGGUAUUGCGAUGUGAUGUGUCCUCAAUCCAAAUUCAAAUGCGGAAAUGCUAAUGACGACUUUUUAAGCGUGUAUUGCAUGUACAAGUCAUGUCAAGAUGAUUCUCAAGAACCUAUUUGCAAGAAGAGGAUGCCCCACGAUUUCCAUGGUUGUUUGGAUGGGUCCAAUAUCCAAUGGAAAUACGCUCAUAACGUGAGGAAUUUCACAGCUCAUUCCAACCACCAUUCCGCUUGCAUUUGGGAGUGUCAUGACAACCACCCCUUUGCCAUCUAUAGCUUGACUCGAAAGGUGAAUGGUAUUUUGACUUGUAGUUGUGGAUAUCCAGAGGCCUUUGAUCCAGGUCGAAUGAUUGCGCCGGAAUUAUGCACGAAUUCCUUACCGGAAGUUGAUUUGUACUUUGUAAAUUGUGUCGAGGACCUCAAACCAGAGGGAGGGGAAGUGGAAACGAUCGACUACCAGAGUCAGUGUAAAGAGAUAUUGCCUAUCGGUUGCCUGUACCAAGAGCUGGUCAAAACUGACAAAUAUCGAGGCGUCACGAUGAAAUUGCCUGAUUCACAAAAGAUCCAUCCCUAUCUGUGCCAUAAGCUUUGUUUGUCCAUUGCUCAAAGCUUUCUUCACGUGGGAAUUCGGUUUAAUCCUACUUCCAAUUUGUUGGAAUGCUCCUGUCUUCAGAAAGGCGCUUUCAAUGAUUCCUCUGUUGGACCAAGAAGUGCUUGCAAUCACGACUGCGGCCUCAAAGCUACUGGAUUUACUUGCGGUGGUCCAAGUCAAAACAAUGAGGAUCUACCCCCUGCAAUAAGUGUGUAUUGCCUGCACUCUUCCUAUCAAGAACCCGAGAUUGAAGCGCCAACUAGUUGUGGCGCCGAUGGAUGGAACCAAUCCGUCCCACUUAUGAGCAGAAUCAAGGACGCUGUGAUAGAGCAAAUCAAGCUGUACGACACCAUCAUUGGACUUAUGGUUUUUGUUACGCUUCUCCUAUUGUCCUUUGUAUUCUAUCUCUGUAUUUUAAAGGGAUUUUGUAAAGUGACAUCAUAGUAACUGUUUCACACGGUCAGCUUUCAAUCUCGACAAUUCAAUCCUUUUAUGCAUCCUGACUGAAAAUCAAAUCCAGAAACAUUCA